AGAUACUUUUCUCUGUUUUCUGACUACCAAUCCAUCUGAUUCAGUGCUGAUCUUGUACGAGCGCUGUUUUUCGUCAUUCUGUUGCGCACCGUGAUACCUCAAGAAUAUCUUCAGCAGCACUGAAAUCGACUGUAAUUGGAAAACAAUCAAGUGUUGCUUGAUGUAAUCUUUCGAGGACGUUUUUAUUACAUUUUGGAUACGAAGUGAAAGUGUGGACAGAUAAACAAGCGUCUUCAGUGCUAUGCUACUAUUUGUUGUGUUUGACGCUGAAUUCGUUUCGCAGCGAAGGCGAUGACCCACAUUAGGGUGCCUUCAAGCACAACAAAGCGAAAUUGUAGGAAGUAGGACUUCACGAUACGUCACAAUAGCAAGAUUUUGCAGGUAUUUGCAAACAAUGGGCACCGUCGCAGAGGAAUUAAUAGCACUUAAUAAUGACACAGUAAUGAAUUCUACUAUUUUCAGCUACAUAGGUCAAUACGUAGAUCUUGACUACUCGAUAUGGCUCUAUCGGUUACUAACCCCGUUGAUGCUGACCUUCGUGUUACCGACGCUGUUCGUGCUGUUGAUAUAUCUAUCAAUCUCAUUUCUCUACGUUUAUAAACUACACAGUCGAUUUAUCUUACAAGUAUACAAUGAUGGUGAUUUCGAUUUUUGGGAUGUAGCACGUACUCUAGUCGCCGUGGUGUGGGAUGCUCAUGGGUGGAUAUUUCAUGGAUACGAAGUAUGUGGCAUGGAAAAUUUGCCGGAGAAUGGACCAGCGUUGAUUAUCUACUAUCAUGGUGCCAUUCCCAUAGAUAUGUAUUAUCUGGUGGCACGCGUGUACUUGAAACGAUCCCGUUUGAUCUACACCGUCGGUGAUCGCUUCUUAGAAAUGCUUCCCGGUUGGUCUUGCUUGGCACGGGUAAUGAAAGUAAGCCCGGGAACAAUACAAUCGUGUUCCAAUGUGUUGAAGGAAGGCAAUAUGUUGUCGAUUUCACCCGGUGGAGUUUAUGAGGCCCAGUUCGGGGACAGCAAUUAUGAGUUGCUGUGGAGGCGACGCGUCGGGUUCGCCAAGGUGGCCAUCGAAUCUAAGGCACCCAUUAUUCCAAUGUUCACGGAAAACCUACGGGAGGGCUUCCGCUCUAUUGGUUUUGCAAAACGGUUAUUUAUUAUACUAUAUAAUGCUGUAAGGUUCCCGGUAAGACCGGUUUACGGGGGAUUCCCAGUCAAAUUCAGAACUCAUUUGGGUAAGCCGAUCGAGUAUGACCCAUCGCUGACGCCGGAACAAUUACAGGAGAAAGUGGCGUUCGCCAUCGAGGAACUGAUCAAUAAAAACCAACGAAUACCCGGUAGCAUUUUGCAUGGUUUGAUAGACAGAUUUAUUACGAAAAAGAAGAAUGAGUGAGGAAGCUUGAACUCAUUGGAACUGAUGUGAAAAUAAUGACUAAUACAUUCAUAUUACUUUAUCCGUACUUAUACAUACAUGAAGCUUGCAAAUAUAGCUACUCUGGUCAAAGUGUU